AUGAACGUUCAAAAACCAGCAGAAAAAACUCGAGAGCAGUCGAUUGCCGAGUUCGAUGCUCGUACGAGAAAAAUCCAACAAGACCAUCCAGAUGUAGAUUUUAAAUCUACCGUCAUUGAACCCACCAUGAAUCUCAUGUUUGACAUCAAGGAGACCUUGACAGAAAAAGACCGAACAAAACACGAAGAACUCAUCAGUCUCAUGCUGCAAAAUACGUCAGAUCCUGAAAAGGCUGAAAAAUAUCUUUGGGAGGCGAGAAACUAUCUCAAACCUCACCCAGAGGUUCUCAAGCUGUUUGACGACAUUUACAUAAACAAGAGGCCUGUUUCUGUCAUGAUCUCCCAGUUACACGACGCCAUCAACACAAAGCCGAGUCCUCUCAAGGAGACAUAG